AUGCUGCUGGGUGUGGCCGCCCUGGUGCUCGUCCACUCUGCGGCUGGGCUCGAGGUUCGGCAGGCCGAGCCAUGGGAGCCGAGCGGGGAGCUGGCCCCUCCGGCCGCCCCGGGCGCGGCUGGCCCGGGCGGCGAGGAUCUCUAUGUGGACCUCCUGGUUGGCGGCAGGGGCGCGGACGAGGAGGAGAAUUCUGACACCUGGUAUGUAGUGCAUGCAGGAGACGAGCGGUCGAACAGAAGAGUCGGCCUGGACGGCCCCGAAAAGUUGCAGCCCGAGUCGUCGGAGAGGUUCGCUGUCGCGCAGGCGUCACAGCAGUGUCGUCUUCCCUCCGGGGUCCAGCCCAGCCUCGAGAACGGAGUCAUCGUGUACUUGGUUACCCGGCUGAUGGAUCUGACGAGGUUGGAGCAGAGCGUGGCAUUGUUGAGUAAGCAUUUCCUCCGGCACUGGGCAUACGACGUAAAGAUUUUCAUCCCGAGCAACGCCAUGCGCAAAUAUGAUCGUGUUAGUUAUUUUGGGUCCCCCACUUAUCAGGAUGUGCAUAAAGUCAUGCGUAGGGUCGGGGAGGUGGAUUACGACUGGGAGAUCGUAGAAUUUAACAUCACGUUUCCAAAGGUCCUCGACAAUGCGACUGGAAAGCCUACAUGGAAACCAAAGGCAGAUUGGACAAAGAAAAUGAACUCGUGUGCAAAAGCGGUGAGUACUAGCUACAAGCACAUGAACCAAUUUUUCAUAAAGGCAAUGUAUGAACACACGGCCUUGGAGAAGUACAGGUAUUAUUUUCGGAUUUGCGUAUCGAUGCGGACUUCUUCUUUGUAA